AUGGAAUAUUCUAGCAACGACGUGAAGCAACUGUUCAGAUCCGUCUACACCCUGGUGAAGAUACAGGACGAACAGAAGGCGUCCCUCACGGUGGACGAUAUCCUGCAGCCAAGCUUCCAGCUUAGCCAUCGUGUCCUUGUCUCACAAUGCAUCCAACUGAUAUUUGAAGAUUUGGAGUGUGUCGGUCAGAAAUCGCGAGAAAUCCUAUGGCGCAAGGGAUACUACGAUGUGAUUUCAGUGCUGAAACGGCAGAAGGGUCGUGCAAAUGCGGUGACCCUGCAGCACGCCGCUGAUCGGUUGAUCCGCGAAGGGAUCAACUACUUCAAGGCGAUCGUGCUACGUUUCGAGCAAAUGUUUAGCCUGGAUUCGUUGCGUUACCUGGUUGAUUUUGCACUGCUGGAGGACUUUGAUGUAGAAUCGCUGCGCGAGGAACCUUCGUGCUAUUCCAGGUUACAGUUGCAAGCGAACGAUGAUGGUGCAGUGAAGGAGAUUUACACCAAGCAGGAAAUAUCGUACGCACUUGAGACGAUUCAUGCGCUCUUGAUUUCGUUGGGCGAUCUGCAUCGCUAUCAGCUGGAGUUUGGGAUCGGAAAUCGGCUGCAGGUGAAGGAAAGGACGCGUAAAUACUAUCUGGAAGCUUUCAAGCUAAAUCCGAAGGUUGGGAUGGCGCAGAAUCAGCUCGGCAUGCUGGUUGGAGGACAGAAUGGGCAUCUCGAUGCGGUGUACCACUAUCUGUACUCGCUUUGCUGUGCGAUACCGUUCGAGUGCAGCGAGACGAACGUGAAUGUGAUCUUUCAGAAGAACAUUCGCCAUCUGGAGAGUGGUGCCGGUGCUGAUCUGGCGAACGAUGGUGGAAUCGUGGACGGGAACGAUGAGCUGGUGGAUCAGUUUAUCGCUACGUUCCUGCUCGUGGUGGAUGUUUUCUUCUACGAUAAGGUGGUGACCGAUUUUAACGCCCUUUGCCAUUCGGUGCUGAUUGAUUUCAAGAAGAUCUUGAGUAUUCGGCAGCUGUUGGAAGAGUACUAUUUGACGGACGAUAUGCUUUUCAAGAUUGUUUCGAUCUUGUUUUUCUGCAUGCAUCGCAUCAAACUGAUCAACUCCGACAAGAUUUACGCGCUGAACGCGUUCCUGGUUGCGCUCUGCUCGGAGUUGCUUCAGUGGUGCACGGCCAGCUUCGAAAAGUUCACCAGUGAGCGCAGCCGGGAGGAUGCCCAGUUCCAGGAGAUGUAUCUUCGCCGGUACCAGCGUUACAGUGUGCAGGUUCAUCGUGCACGGGACAUGAUUAGAAAUGGAACCACAAUGUACUGUAAGGAUCAAAAGUCUUCGUCCGGCGUUGAGGAAGGUACGGGCAGCCAGGAUAGUCGUGGUAACAAAGAAAACGAAAUGGCGAAUCUUGUUGCUGGCUCGUCGAUAGUGGAGAAAGCGUCGAAGAAAGGUGACGAGCAUGGUCGUGGUAGAGGCACGAACAGUCGACAGAAGAAGCAUUCUCGUCGUCGUAGACGCGCUUAUUCGAAUGAGACCGAUUCGGAAGACGGAGAACGCUACGAGGACGAGGAUGUAUCAGAAGAUGAGUACUACGAUCGCUCUACGACAGAGUCUACCACCAAUAGCAACAGUGAAGAUGAAGAGGAAGAAGAAGAGGAAGAGGAUGAUGAUGAUGUGAUUUCACUGUCAAGUUACGGAUCGUACGAUGAAUAUUCGGACGAAGAAGACGACGAUCGCGAGGAUCGCCAUGAUCGUUCCGAGGACGAAGAUAACCACCCCACCACCACAGGGCAGCAAAAUGAAGCUGAUCAACCACACGACGUGGAUCUAGCUCCGGAACAGUUAAAGUUCAAGAAGCGCUAUCAAAAGAUGGACCCUAAUGUUGUGCUAGAAUUCGCACAGAGCGAACGUACGAUGCGUUCGCUAAAGAUCCUGUUCGAUUGGUUGCUGUGCAACAUGGAUGUGCUGCACAACUGCUAUCAAACGAAUCCGGAGUUUCUGCACAACAUUAUGAAACUUCUUAACGGCUUCAAUUUGGACUUUUUUACCAACCGGUUCUACUUUACGCGCGAUCUAAUUACCGUCCGGGGGCUGCGCGAAGAUCUGCAGGAGAUCUUUAACGCUCGCCGUACCAUUCCGCUGCAGGAGGAUGUCGCAAUGAAGCGUUUCCCGCUGUUCGAACCGGCCCAGGACGGUCUGCUGUGGGAAACAUCGUACAAAUUGGGCAUUUCGCUAGAGGAUGAAAGCUUCCUGCGACUGAUGAAAAUGGUCGACUUUGGAUUUGCUGUGUGCAAGUCAAAAAAGUUCGACUAUUGCUUCUUGCCGAAGGUGCGUGCAUUCAGAGUGCGAAUCGGGUUUCAUGGUAGCGGCAGCGGUAGCAGCAAUCAUGGCCGUAACAAGAGCAAGGGUCAGCGUAACGGUGGCAAGCAGCGUCGAAAGGGUGAUACGGGCGGUGUGGGAAGAAACGCUAGAAACAAUCGUGAUUGGAAUGUUAUUGGUGGUGGUGGUGAUGAUGCGGAAGUUAGAACCACCUCCCGUGGACUUUCGUACAGUCAGUCACGUUCUAGUCGCAGCGUGAAAGGAUCAGGUGUAGUUGGAGAGGAGCGAAACCGUCGUCCAAAAACGGCCGAAAUGAAUCAUCAUGAUGUGGUGCGUGACAUCGUUCCCAAGCGUCAGCGUAACAGGAUGCGCAACAAGAGUGGUCAUCAGCGAGGAAGGGAUGAUUAUGGACAGCUGGAGGUUCAGGAAGCAGCACCGAAACUGUUCAUGAAGAAAGGAUAUCUUCAGAAUCGUGGCAAUACUGGAACUUUGAUGCAACGUGAAGAGAAGAAGGAAGCACGAUCACAGGAGAAGGGUGACAUCAGUGCGAUAAUGGGUCAGCUAUGGUUACGGAAUGAGGUCGAAACGCUUGAAUCGAAGGUAAACAAACGAGCCGGUAACGUAAUCAUGACACCGUACCUUGUGCUGGACUCCAAGUGUCUGACCGAGUACACUUCCAUCGUGAAGAAUUUGAUCAAAACGAAGAAAUUUGUGGUUUUGAUUCCUGGUGCUGUUUUGGGUGAUUUGGAUGAGUUGAAAAAGCACAGCGAAGGUGCACGUAACGCCAUCAAGUGGCUAGAAAUUGAGUUUAGCAAGGGCAAUCGGUUCCUGCGGGCGCAAAAGAGCCAUGAAGCAUUGCCGGUGCCGCUGGUGAAAAUUCCGAAAAAAUUGGAUCGUGAAGGUGCAGUUUUCAAUCAGAUCGUGCAGUUCUGCAACCACAUCGUUACGAAUCAGGCCGAUAAUGGUAGCGACAUCAUCACCUACCUGUCGGGAGACAGUCUGCAUGACAAGAAGCUGUGCAACGGUAGCAGCUACAUCGGCAUCCUCGAGGCCAUCCCGGUCAAGUUCGAGCAGAUAGUGACGUUCUAUUCCAGCUACAAACGGAAAUGAACC